UGGCUGUAUGAUAUCUAUGACACAUGCGACAAGAGUUCUAUCACCUGCUGUGUAUAAUACUGUUCAUGUUCAAGGAAAAGACAUCAAACAAGUAUCUCUGGACCAUGGGGGCAUACUUCCUAAAAAGCUGCCCAGAGUUCUCCACCGAUAUUCCCGCGAUCCGCCCGAUACCUUGCACAGCUUCCGGCGUCGCCAUCGUAUCCUCCAUCCCUCCCCAAAAUUUGCCUCAGCAGGCCUCUUCGUCGCGGCUUAAAACGUACGAGAAAGCUGGCGACUGCUAAACUUGCAUCGUAGAACCUGGAUGGAAGACUGACCUCCUGAUUGGGGAGAUAGAGAUACAGGUUGGAGGACUUCUGUUGCGGAGGGAAGCAGCAGGC